AUGUGUACCUGUACCCAUCACCCAUGUUCUCUAGUUUACGUGUAUUUCCUUGUCCACCCCUUCUCUCUCCUCACAGAACUUGGACUAAUAGUAUCAGAAAGCACUUUCGCACCACCUGGAGCGAACCCGUUCUCGCGCUACGUGGGCACGGACUACCAAUGGACGGACAACGAUGCGAGCGUGGACUCGUGGGCCAUCCGUGCAUGCUGGGCGUAUGCGGUGGUGGCGAGUGUGGAGGCUGCGUACGGCAUCGCAUUGAAUCAAGCUGCUCCUCCGCUGUCAGUGGAGUCCCUCUUUGCAGCCAUGGGGCUCACCGAUGCAAACAAGUGCACCGCUGGAGGCUCCCCCACUGCGGCCUUUGAGAAGCUCGUCACUCUUGACGCCAGCAGUGGACUCACAGGAGACAGUGACCCGGCAACACCAUACCCGGUGGCAGCAUUUGAGCGGGCACUCUUCAAGGGGUACUUCGGGCUCAUGCUGGCAGUGCAGCGCCAGCCAGUGGUGGUUCACAUCCAGGCUACAGCUGACACGUUCUUCCAGUAUGAUGGGGACCCUGCGUGCUACACGGGCAGUCUGAACCAUGUGGUGCUCGUCGUUGGCUACUUCAUCAAUCGAGACGACGGCAGCCAAAACCGUAUUGCUCCUCCAUUUUGGAUCAUCCGCAACUCGUGGGGAGUGGAGUGA